CAAACUCUCUCUCUCUCUCUCUCUCUCUCUCUCUCUCGCUCCAAGCCCUAGCUUCUAUUACUCAGUUAAUUUUCUUCUUCAAAGCUCAGAGAGUGAACGAUGGCGGCCACGGCGAACGAUUUCCAGGAUCGCCGGAAUUCGAAGCUCGUUCGCGAUAAUGUCCACGGAAUGCUCUACCUCGAGUCGCUCCCCUUGAAGUUUAUUGAUACUGAACAGUUUCAGAGGCUCCGCGAUCUGAAGCAACUUGGUCUGACCAACAUGGUUUACCCUGGAGCUGUGCAUACUAGAUUUGAGCAUUCACUUGGGGUGCAUUGGCUUGCUGGUGAAGCCAUUAAUAAGAUCAAAACUUACCAAGGCCAGGAUCUUGGAAUUGAGAGCUUUGAUGUGAGAACAGUAAAACUUGCUGGACUACUGCAUGAUAUUGGCCAUGGGCCUUUCAGCCACAUGUUUGAGAGCGGAUUUCUUCCGCUGGUUCAUUCUGGUGACAAAUGGUCCCAUGAGGAUAUGUCUGUGAAGAUGAUAGACUACAUUGUCGAUGAGCACAACAUUGAAAUUGACCCUGAUGAGCUAAAGAGAGUGAAGGACCUGAUCCUGGCUAGCUCUAAACAUGCGGCACAGAAAUCUUCAGAAGAAAAGCUGUUCUUGUAUGAUAUUGUUGCAAACGGGCGCACUGGAAUAGAUGUUGACAAGUUUGAUUACAUUGAACGUGACUCCCGUGCAUGUGGUCUAGGCUGUAAUUUUCACUUUGAGAGGCUGAUGGAAACUAUGCGAGUUAUAGAUAAUGAGAUAUGUUACCGUGCUAGUGAAUUUGAUAUUAUGGUAGAUCUGACAAUCAACAAGCUGUUUAUGACUCGGGCUGAUCUGCAUCGGACUGUCUACACGCAUUCAAAAGUGAAGGCAAUUGACCUCAUGGUUGUUGAUGCUCUGUGCAAAGCAAAUGCUGAACUUGGGAUUGCGGACUCCAUUCACAAACCAUCUGAAUUUUGGAAGUUAGAUGAUUCAAUUCUGAAAAAAAUAGAAACAUCUGAUAAACCCGAACUGAAGGAGGCAAAGGAUUUGAUUUUACGCAUUCGGAGAAGGGAUCUCUACCAGUUCUGCAAUGAGUACAUUGUUCCAACGGAAUAUCUCAAUAACUUCAAAAAUAUUACACCCAGAGAUAUAAUUUGUUCACAGAAAGGUGGUCCUGUUAUGCUAAAGGAGGAAGAUGUGUCGGUGGUCAAUUUGAGUAUUGAUUUGACUAAUGGCACGAAGAACCCUCUUGAAAGCUUUCUUCUUGAUGCAUGUAUGUCAUCAUCCAGAGUUUCUUUCUUCAAGGAUUAUGAGAGUGAAGAAAAGCUCCCAAUAUCAGCCAAGGACAUUAGUAAUUUGGUUCCUUCAUAUUAUCAAGACAAGAUAAUCAGGGUCUACUCCAAGAAUCCGGACCUGGUUGCAGUAGUUUCAGAUGCUUUUGAGAAUUAUCAGAUAAAGACAUAUGGGUCGAAAAAACAAGUACAUGAUACUCCGGAGAAGAAGAGACGAAGAACUUCACAAAGCAGUCGAAGCUUAAAGCUGUAGUGAGUGAUGCCUUUUACUCUUACCUCCUCCAAGCUUUUGGUUGGAAAACGUACAUUCUGUGCAGGACUGGGAUAGGAAAGUUGCCAUUACGUCCAUAUAUCUGACUGAGCAACGUUUAGCUCCACAUAUAUUUUGGAUUUAGGAAAUCAGUAACUUUGCAGAUCUACACUCUGUAAAUCCACAGGUCGGAAACUCAUGAGAGCCAUGAGAGAAUGGGCAAACCCAUCUGUUCUCUUUUGCAUCUGAAUGCGUUCGGGUGUUGUCCUACACUCAUCGAAACUAUUGACUUUGGGAAAUGGUUUUACAAGAACUUUUAGACUA